GUGCAACCUGAACGAACCCGAUCUUGGAUUUUCCUUCCUCGCUCUUCAUUACUUCAACAUAAAUUGCUCAACGAAGCUCACCGGGUAUAGGGCUAUUAACCCAUCCUCUCUACCGGGCCCAAACCUUCAGUCUGCCGCUUUUUCGCCCGGAAGCACGCAUAGUGUCGGUCCUCUUACUUUCGCCCUCCGUGUAUGCGACCAGCCCUAGCAGCUGUAACCAGUCCUCGGAUUAUCAUUCAAAAACUCCCAACUAUUUUGCCUAUUAACGGUCACCUAUAUUCGGCGGAUAUUUGGCGGGUAUAACUGAGAAUGUCUCGUCACCAGGCGGUGCGUAACUUGGAUUACGAGGAUGUCCUCGACGAGUACGAUGCAAAUGACGCAGACAUCGACGAUGAGGGCGAUCAGCUCACCGCCGAGGACCGAGAGGCUUUGUCAAAAGGCACAACAGACGUUCAAGAUGCCCUAGGCGAGGAUGCGCGGAAGGUUUCCACAGAACAAAUUGAGGAGGCCCUGUGGCACUAUUAUUACGAUGUCGAUAAGACUGUCGGCUACUUGCGGAAAACAAUCAUCGCACCACCCCCGAAGACCGAGCUCAAGAAGCCCAAAGAGACUUCCAACAGAUUUGAUGCAGCAGCAGCGAAAAGUGCCGCUAUAGCCAAAAUGUCAACCAAGACCUCCCCAAAGCAAAGGCCUAAUGGGACUGCUCCUGCAGAGAAAAUCAACGCCCUCUCGCUUGAUGAGCCGCCUCCAGCCAAGAGCAAGAAAAUAGACGUCAUCCAUGAGUUCACGAAAGGCCAAAAUAAGCGCAGCGCCAGCUUUGUGGUUGUUGGCCAUGUCGAUGCUGGGAAGAGCACGCUUAUGGGCAGGCUUCUGCUGGAGUUGAAGUUUGUCGAACAGCACCUCGUCGACAGGUAUCAACGCCAAGCGGACAAGAUUGGCAAGGGAUCGUUCGCACUUGCCUGGGUCAUGGACCAGCGAGACGAAGAGCGUGAGCGUGGAGUCACCAUCGACAUCGCCACGAAUCAAUUCGAGACAGAUAAGACUCGAUUUACCAUUCUAGAUGCCCCUGGACACCGGGACUUCGUCCCUAAUAUGAUUGCCGGCGCAAGUCAGGCAGACUUUGCCGUGCUGGUCAUUGACGCCAAUACCGGGGCCUUUGAGAAAGGUCUAAAGGGCCAAACGCGGGAACAUGCACUGCUCCUUAGAAGUUUAGGGGUGCAGCGCGUUAUUGUGGCGGUGAAUAAGCUGGAUAUGGUUGGCUGGUCGCAGGACCGGUUCAACGAGAUAUCCGAACAAGUAACUGGCUUCAUGAAGGGCAACGGAUUUCAACUCAAGAACGUCACGUUCAUCCCUAUCUCUGGCCUUAGCGGCGAAAACCUUGUUCGGAAACCCGAAAAUCCAGCACUUUCAUGGUACACGGGCACUACAUUGCUUCAGGCACUAGAAGAGUCGGAGCCAUUGACCCGGGCCCUCCAGAGGCCAUUCAGGAUGUCGAUAUCUGAAAUCUUCAGGUCUCAACACAGCCAAAUGACGGUUUCAGGUCGCAUCGAAUCGGGAACUGUCCAAACAGGCGAGACCCUUGUGGUCCAGCCGAGUGGUGAGUCGGCUCAUGUCAGAUGCAUCGAGGUCGACGCGGAUUUGCAGGACUGGGCUGUUGCCGGACAAAAUGUCUCGAUCGGCCUUUAUGGAAUUGACCCCAUCCAUAUUCGAGUUGGCGACAUCAUCAGCAGUAAAACAGAGCCUAUACACACGAACGACGAGCUUGUCAUGAAGGUGUUUGCGUUUGAUCAUCUGAUGCCCAUGCCGGUGGAUGUCCAUCGUGGUCGUCUACAUGCUGCAGGACGCAUUCAAGAGAUCCGCGCGGUGUUGAACAAGACGACAGGAGCUGUGGAGAAGAAAAAGCCCAGGCUCGUUCAACCGGGGAAGGUGGCACGUGUGGUAGUCAAGCUAGAGUCCAAGGUGCCCCUCGAGGCGGGGCAAAGGGUUGUGCUUCGCAUGGGCGGCGAAACUAUCGCCGCGGGCUUGAUAGAGUAGUAUAUGGUGUGUGGCAGAAGCUUCUGGCAGCAUGAAUGCAUAUGUCCAUUGGAGCAUGAAAA